GAACUGGCAAAGUCAAUGGAAAAAAAUCCAGGAAGUGACUCUAGUUACACAAGAUUAAUCUUCUUCACUCCAGAUCUGAGAUGUCCAGUCCGGUGGUGCGGGUGCAGCCGGUGAGCAGGGUGCAGGGGUCUGGAGAGUGGAGUACUGGCUUGUGUGAAUGCUACAAAGACAUGGGAGACUGUUGUUUCGCUCUCUGCUGCCUCCCGGUGUUCACCUGCAGAGUGACCCAUGCUCUGGGGGUCUGUCCCUGCCUGCCUCUGCUGGACUGCCUGGGCUGUGUUCCCCCCGCCUCCCUGGCCAUGAGGGCUUCUGUCCGGGAGCGAUACGGCAUCAAGGGCAGCGUGUGGAGUGACUGCGUGCUGGGCUGCUGCUGCUACCCGCUCUCCUGGCUCCAGAUCUCCAGAGAGUUGAAGAGGAGAGCGGCCACCCACGCCUCCUCUUCCUCCUCUUCUGCCUCACUAACCACAGUUAGGUACACCGCGCUCCGGAGCACACGGGGGGAGCACUUGGUCUAG